UUCCUCUCCCUCAUUUUGCUUCCUGACUGCGCAAGCAAUGUGAUCAGUCCUCCUGGAGCUAAGCCUUCUCUGCGGUGGUGGCUUGGACCCUGAAACGGUGAGCCAAAAUAAACCCUUACUUCCUUACGUUACUUCUGUCAGGAAUUUUAUACAGCUUCAAGAAAAUAAGUAACCAAGGCUCGCAGAGGAUCGUUCUUAAGACGUGUUCUGGAUGGUUCCAUGCCCAUUGUCCAGCGCGUAGCACAUAGACUGUGGAUGUUCCUGGAUUGAAGAGGAGCCCCUUCAAGCCUUGAGCUCAACCGAAGGAAGAAGGUAUGGGAAGAAGCCCAAGGGACCUGUGUGUGGGUGUGCACCCCACUAGGGACGCUGAGUCAGAGCGCGCCAGGAGGGACCCACCCGGGAGGGGCCCGAUGCGAGGAUGGAGCAUCGCAGGGAGGCGACAUGGACCCUGGGAGGGGAGGGAUGCGGGCAGAGCUGGGCGUCUGGAGCUGGCAGUGGGCGGAGACCCGGACACCCGAGGCAGGCGAGCACUUGCGGCAGAGCUCCAGCCCUCGGCGCAACCGGUGCACCCUCCUCGCGCUCCAAACCGAGCCAUGGCUACGGCUAUCUGGUGUCACCUCGGCCGCAUCCUCUGGAUCGCCUGUCUCCUGCCCUUGGCCCCUGUGGCAGUGGCCUCAGAAACACUUCAAGGCAUCCAGGUGCUAGGGCCCACCAAAAUUCAGGCCUUCCAAAGACUGACAGUGACCUUGAACUUCCUGGGGAGCCCUCCUCUGAAUGUGUGCUGGCGCCUGAAGUCUGAGUGCCUCCCUCUGGAGGAAGAAGAGUGCCACCCUGUGUCCGUGGCCAGCACAGCUUAUAACCUGACCCACAUCUUCCAUGAGACUGGGGAUUACUGCUUCAGCAUCCGGGCUGAAAAUGUCAUCAGCAAGACUCACCAAUACCACAAGAUCCACGUGCAGCCCUCCAGCAUGGAGCCGGCUGUCUUCGCUUUCCCGUGUGCCACACUGAUCACCAUGAUGCUGGCGUUCAUUAUGUACACGAUGUUGCGCAACAUCCCCCAGCAGAAUGACAUGGUGGAGAACCCGGAGCCUUCCCCCGGGCUCAGGUGCUGCUGCCAGGUGUGCUGUGGACCCUUCCUGCUGGAGACACCAUCGGAAUACCUUGAAGUCGUCCGAGAGCACCAUGGGCUGCUUCCACCCCGCUACAAACCUAUGAAAACUUACACCGUGUGAGCACCCCCCCCCCGUCUUAGUGCCCCCUGACCGCUGACAGGAGCCUUUGGGAAGGGUGGAAGUGCCACGGAGCUGGAGGGGUUCAUGUGGGCGGGGCUGUGUGCCCAGGCUGGCCAUUGAUCUAUAUAAUCCAGCCGUUGUCAUAAGCCCCUUCUUGUCCCCCUCCUAGCCCACCCACCCCUCCCAUCUGUACAGUCCAGCCACUGUCGUAAGCGGUCUCAGUCUCCCCACCCCGCCUUUGGCUAAGCAGGGCUCUGAUGUUUGUAGUGCCCCCUCAGAAUUCUCCCAGGGGGGUGUGCCUGCCCUUCGCUCAUUUCUCUCAUAUUGACACAUCUCUUAUCUACUGGGAAUUUGUGCAUUUUUCUGUAGGGCAGACCCGCCCAGGACAGUCAGGAAAGGAGAUUUAGGAUGUACAGUGAAAGGUCACAUGCACUCAGGUGGACACACUUACAGUGAGGAAGAUACACAGAGAAGUGGGACAUAACCCAGCAUCUCGGAUGAUGACUGGCUGUGUAUCUAGAAGGCCUGUUGCUGAGACGUAAUUAAGCUAGGACUCAGACGCGAUUGGAUCUCUCCCACUCAGCCCUGGGCACCUUCUACGCCCAGUCUUUGGAACGAAGGAGCCAGAGAGGAUUUGGGUGCUGAGAGAGAGAGAGAGAGAGAGAGAGAGAGAGAGAGAGAGAGAGAGGCGCUGUAGAGGCACUAUGCCCGGCAGCUGCUUGCUCCCCAAAUGGCCUGGAGGGAGAAGCAGGAGGGUCAGAGCUAAGGAGGGGAGUCUUUUCUCCCUUCCUGCCCAAUAAGUUGGGGAUGGCAGAGCAGUGAGGAAAGCAGGUGCCUCAAGAGAUGAAGACUGGGCCUGGAGAGAUGGCUUUGUGAUUAAGGCACUUGCCUGCAAAACCUAAGGACCCAGGUUUGAUUUCCCAGGACCCACUUAAGCCAAGUGCAUAAGGUGACGCAUGCGUCUGGAGUUCAUUUGCAGUAGCUAGAGGUCCUGGUGUGCCCUCCCCCAUCUGCCUCUUCAUAUCUGUCUGUCUGUCUCUCUCUCAAAUAAAUAAUAAUCUAACAAUCUUAAAAAUGAAGACUGGGCCAGAUGUGGUGGCGCACACCUUUAACCCCAGCACUCGGGAGGCCAAGGUAGGAGCAUCAGUGCGAGUUUGAGGCCAGCCUGAGACUAUGUAGUGAAUUCCUGGUCAGCCUGGGCUAGAGGGAGACAGACUCUACCUUGAAAACCCAGGGAGAGAGGGGGAGAGAGAGAGACUGGGAAGAGGUACAAACAUCCAGGGGUGCUGGAGUAGCCUGUGCCUGUUGCAGAAGGAAUAGCAGGGUCAUAUGGGCAGGGUUAUGUCAUUGUGACCACGUUCUCUUGGACUAAACGCUGAAAAUAGUGUUCGUAGUUGUACAGCUCAUUCCCAUUCAAUACUGCCAUUAUUGCGAAUAAAGCUUGUGUGCUCUGAA